AUGGUCAACGUCCCUAAAAUGCAGGAAGCAGUCGUGUUCAAUACUAAAACACACAGCCUUUCCUUUACCAGUGCUACUCCGGUCGUCAUCGCUGCCGACGAGCUCUUGAUCAAAGUCCACAGCACCGCUAUCACUCGCGGCGAGCUAGAAUGGGGAUCAUUUGUCGACUGGCGCGAGGAGCAAAUACCGUGCUACGACGUCAGCGGAACGGUCCUUUCCGUACCGACUGCGUCUGACCCAUCGCACAGCUUCAAGGAAGGCGACAAGAUCUUUGGACGAAUCGCGGCAAGCCGCAGAGGCGCAGCCCAGCAGUAUGCCAGCCUCCUCCCGUCCGAGGCUGCGCUGGUGCCCAGAGGUCUCGACAUGGCCAGCGCCGCAUGUGUGCCCAUGAGCGCCCACACCGCCUGGCAGGCGGUGUUCGAGAAAGGCCUUCUGACGGGAACCUUCACGCCCGCCUCCGUGCCGCGCGUCAGCGCUGCCGGCGUAACGUUCCUCGAUCAAGCACAGGGGAAGCGCGUCCUCGUGCUUGGUGCAGCGGGUAGCGUGGGCCUGAUGGGCGUCCAGUUCGCCAAACUGGCAGGCGCUUUUGUCGCUGGCACAGCAAGUGCGGGAGAUGAGGGGUUUCUGAAAGGUCUGCAUAUCGAUGCGGUGAUCGACUACACCAACGCCUCGGUCGCGGAAUACGUUUCGUCCAACGAGAAAUUCGAUCUCGUGUUCGACUGCGUAGGCGGUCGGUCGAUGCUUGAUGGUUGGAGCGGCGUCAAAGAGAACGGAGUUUAUGUGUCUGUCGUUCCGGGAUUUACAGAACCUGAAGGUGGCAAGCCGGCUGGUGUGAGGACGGAGUGGUUUGUCAUGGAGUCGAGGAGUCAAGAGUUGGUGGAGAUCAGCAGGUUCUUCGAGAAGGGUAUGCUGAAGACAAGGGUGGAUAGUGUGUGGAGGCUUGAGGAGUUUCGUGAGGCAUUUGGCAAGGCGGAAACUGGACGUCCAAAGGGUAAGGUUGUGUUCAGAGUUGGUGAUGCGGAGUAG